AUGGAGGUUUGGUUCUUCUCUUUUGUGUUAGUUUUUGGAAUAUCCUUUGCAAGUGCUGAAAAUCAAGAUCUAGUAGAUACAUGCAGUUUGUCAAAUGAUGAAACUGAAGGCUUCAUUGAAGUAUAUAUUGGUGAAUGUGUAACCUUUCAAUGCACACCAGAUGAAAAUGAUACAGUACAGUGGGAACUGAAUGGAACUGAAAUCAGUAAUGAUACUCAUUACAAUAUCAAUGCUACUAGUGGUACACUGACUAUACAAGAAGUGAGGAGUAAUGAUACUGGAAACUAUACUUGUGAUUUAGAAAGCACCUUUUUAUAUGUGAAAAUUCCAAAUAUUACUAUUAUUGGUCAAUACACUAACCUCACUGUUGGUAGUAGUGUCAGUAUUAACUGUACUACAGUGCCCUCCAUCCCUGGCAGUGAAGUACAAUGGGAUCCACCAUCAACCAAUAGUGAUAGUAAUGAACUGAUUAUUGACCCAGUGAUGCUCUCUCAUAAUAACAACACAUUCACUUGUGAAGUAUCAUCAGAUUUACUGGCUAUGAGUUUGACAGAGUCUAUUACUAUUAGUGUAUUAGAUACCAGUGUCUCAUUUGUUACUGUACAAUCAUUAUCAUCUUAUGUUAUUGGUGACAAUGUAUCAAUAGUGUGUACUAUUAGUCUCACUAAUGCUAUUGGUCCUGAUGUCUCUUCACUGGUAGUGAACUGGUUUAAAGAUGACGAACCAAUAACAACAGAUGAUAUCAUUACUAGUGAUUCAUUAUUAACAUUUAAUAGUACACUGACAUUAACACAGGUUUCACCAACUGAUGCUGGAGUAUACACUUGUAAUGCAUCAAUUAAUGGAUCAAAUAUAUUCCCUUCAAUCAAAACACUGAUAGUUACACAGACCUAUUACUGGGAUAUAAUGCAACAAUGCAGUGUGUGA